GCCGGGUGCCGACUCUUGCCGCACUCGCUACCCAGCUAGGAUCUGACAGCCGCCUCGGCCAGACAUCUUCAUCCCCGCAGCUCCGACCCGGUCUCUCCUCGCUUCUGGGCAGCGGCGCCUACAACUGGGGUACGUGCCUGGUUUGGGGAGCGGCUCCCACACGCGGGCACCAGGUUAUCCGCUCUUGCGCCUAAGAAAGGGGCAGGAAGCUGCGAAGGUGAAGCCAGGGAUAGUGCACGCCUUCCUGGACCUGGGACGUUUUCCUGGCGCUUCCGGACGGCAGGGGCGUAGCUGCGCCUGACUGAGACCCCUGCCGGUCCUGACGAGGACGCGGGUGGGGAGGAUGGGUGCGGAUCUGGGGAGUGCCUGUCUUGGUUCGUCUUGGCUCACCCUGCUGGAGCUGGGAAACAGGUGCAGACAUUCAGGCCGCCCAGCCCACCCUGCUGAAGUACUCACUGGGGGCGGGAGGAGGCUGUGACUCCUCGGACCACUAGGACCCCAGGACUCGGGGCCGUGCACCUGGAGGCCCAGGAGGAGGCAGGGCCGCCUGCGGGAUGGGGGUGUCGAGGAGCCUCUAGGUCUGUAGCCUGGGGCCACCUGGCCACAGGUGACCCUGCAGGGAACAGUGCGUUGGAACUUUCUGAGAAGAAUGGAGACCCUCGAGAGAGAACUAGGGGCGGGUCCCAAAGGCAGCCUGGACCCUGCGCCUCCCCCAACACCUUUUCCAAGAAUGAGCGCAUGGGUGUCACAGCCCUCUCUGGCCUCCAGAGUUCGGCCAACACCACAGCACUUUUGAGGUCGUCCAGGCCUGCAAAGAUCAUCGUGAGGGGCAUUCCACAUCUGUUUUAAAUGAACUCAUUGCAAGAUAAAAUAUUUCAAAAUUCGUUAUCCUUAAGCUAAGAGAAGAUUGGGUUCACUGUCAUGGACGCUCUAUCAGAAGUAACUGGCAUCUUUGCAUUAAACCUUUUGAAAAAGCUAGGGGAAAAUAACUCAAACAACAUAUUGUUUUCACCCAUGAGCAUGUCGUCAGCCUUGGCCAUGGUUUUCAUGGGAGCGAAGGGAAACACUGCAGCCCAGAUGUCUCAGGCACUUUCUUUUAGUAAAAUUGGAGGUGAAGAUGGAGAUAUUCACCAAGGUUUUCAGUCACUUCUCACUGAAAUUAACAGAACUGGCACUCUGUACUUGCUUAGAACUGCUAACCGGCUCUUUGGAGAAAAGUCUUAUGACUUCCUCUCAGUGGAAAAAGAACUUUCUUAUGAGAGAUUCAUAGAAUGGACAAACCCAGACAAGAUGCAUGAACAAGAGAUGGAAGUUUUCCUUCCUAGAUUUAAACUAGAGGAAACUUACAACAUGGAGGAUGUCCUUCGCAGUAUGGGCAUGGCCAAUGCCUUUGAACAGGACAGGGCAGACUUCUCAGGAAUGUCGUCUAAGAAGGAUCUGUACUUGUCCAAGGUCAUGCACAAGUCCUUUGUGGAGGUCAAUGAGGAAGGUACAGAAGCAGCAGCAGCUACCACCCCAAAAAUGGUUUGAUGUUGUGCCAGUUACUCCCUCAGGUUCUGUGUAGACUAUCCCUUCCUUUUCUUCAUCCAGCACAGCAAAACCAAUGGUAUUCUCUUCUGUCGCUGGUUUUCUUCUCCAUAAGGAAAUAGUAGUCAUUGAAUGUAGUCCUCUUUUCUCUAACUGACCUACUUUUUCUCUACACUUCAUAGUGUGCCUGCAAACCCAAAAUGACUUUAUCAUUGCAGUGGUCAAAAAUGAGAUAUUAGGAGCCUAAUUUGAAAUUCCUUGUUCAGAACCCUUCUGUGUAUUUUUGUAGGUUAAAUGUUUUCUAAAGUUGGAAGUUGACAUUCUCCAAGGAUCCUGUGGUCACUUCGGCAGUGAUACCUCUAACCAUUCAGCCAAACCACUCUGCUUGGAACGAGCUGUCUCCCUUUCCUUUGUUGCUACUUUUCUUUCUUCCCUGCUGAAUAGUAUUGACAUAUAGACCCAUUUUUAAUGAGAGAAUAGAGAGUGAAAUGGAGAAUGGGUAGAAGAGGUGGGCAGGAGGUCUCAGAAGCAACCUCUAGUCUAGAACUUUACCAGCAAUUCCAAGGCCAGCACAGAGGAUGAGAGAGCAGUUAGACCAGUGAGAAAUCAGUCCAACUUCCUGUAUGUUUCUGCCUUAUUUGUAGUUUGCAUUCAUAGGGAUCAGUAGGUCACAAACCUGUUCAAACAUGCAACUAUUCACUUUCUCUGAAAAUUUACAAUUGUUAUUAGGAGGCAGAGAUGAGUAGAUAAUGUUCUAUUCACAGUUUGAGACACUUCAUGGGUAUACAGAACAUGUCUUUCUAUUUUAUUUCAAAUAUUUUUGGAAAGGCACCUCAGGUUUCUGUAGCCAUUUGUAUUACAGGCUUGAAAUGAAAUUGCAGUGUUCAGUGUUAAGAGAACACACUGAUUAGUUAGAUUGAAGAGGGAGAUUGGUACUGUUUUCUAGGGGACAGUAAAAAGGACUUAUUCCAUCAACACCCUUGCAGUCAGAAGAACCCUGGGCAGCCCCUUAUUUCACUGACACCACUUAUAUUUUCAUUCCACAGCUAGUUCACUUUUCCCUUUUGACCCAAGCCGGUGAAUUAGCUGCAGGGAGGGAAUAGGACUGAGGAGUACAAGGAAAUAUCCACGUUGUGUGCGGGCUGAGAGAGGAAAGAGGAAGUAUCAGAGGUUGCCGGGUUUAUCAUUCUCAUUCUGCUGCCUCCUCUGCCCAACACUUGCACUUGGAAAGAAUAAUCCUAGGUGGGGAAUAAUCAGUUAAUGUGAUUCUUUCACUGCGGAGAGAGCUUCUGAGUGUUACAGCCCGGAGCAAUAGGCUGGUGCCCUGUUCCUUAUGGAAAGGCAUGCCUUCUGGCACAGCCUUGCAGGAAGUCCAGUUAAGUGGGUUAGUAGUUGGGAGCUGGAAGUGUAAAUGGAGUAGCUGCCAACCAUCCAUGUGGGAAUGUGUCUUUUUUUUUUCUUUUUUCUUUUUUGACGGAGUCUCACUCUCUCACCAGGCUGGAGUACAGUGGCACAAUAUCGGC